GACCCAAUCCGUAUUCCUAAUACAAAGGACCAGGCAAAGAGUGACACUUGGCAUAUUCUGAGAUGCCUCAUGUUUACUGCCUCAACAUGCAAAGAGGUGAUACAUAUGAAAUCUGAAGGGGCAAUGAAAAAUUAUUUAAUGUUACAUCUUUGGCAAAUAACUGAAAUUACGGACACACCUGCUAUGGUGUGGGGCACAACAAAUGAAGCAACUGCAAGAACACAGUAUGCAGAGUGGAAGAGUGAAGAAACUUCAACUAAAGUGACAGUAGAAGAGAGUGGCCUCUUAGCAAGUAGAGCAUUUCCCUUCCUCGGCUGCAGUCCUGAUGGGAUUGUGAAUGAACCUAACAAGCCACGAUACUUGUUGGAAAUUAAAUGUCCCUUCACACUAAAAGAUCAUGACCCAAAGAAAUUUGAUGAGGUGCUAACCUCGGACCAACUCAAAAGAUUUCCACUAUAUAGAAACGAACGGGGUAUUUUACAAAUGAAAACUGACCAUUCAUGGUUUUACCAAAUACAAAUGGGAAUGGAUGUCAGUAAACUGUCAUCAUGUGAAUUUUUUAUCUGGAGCCCCAAAGGCCACAUUGAAGUAAUGGUGCAAUAUGAUGAAGAAUUUUGGGCUCCAAGAAGACAAGCCCUUAUAGAGAGGCAUGGAGGAUUAUUGGUCCCAGAGUAUAUUCUGCAGAGAGUGCCCAGAAAUUUGAAUCCCCUUUACUUUAACUUCUCCAUGGAGUUAGUACCCUCUAAUGACAAUGACCCUGACGACCCUGAUGAGUUUGAGAUGCAGUAAUGUGGUUAAAAUGUAUGUUUGCUGGUGUCACUUACCUGUUUUAAUAAUUUAGCAGCACCACCAAGGCUGCAACAGUCACAGUCAUGACACCAACAACGGCAGGAGUCAUAACUGGAUUUGGAUUUAUCCUGUAAUAUAAAGUUAGAUGCUCUUACUUUUUGGUAAUUGUUAUUUUUACAAAAUUUCUUAUGGUUUUAUAUAUCAUUUUAAACCUUUCACAUAUUUUUAGCUCACUAAAUUUGAUACCUUGACCAGUUAUAUUAAAAAUAUUACUA